GCCCAUGGAGCCCGUAGAGACCUGGCCCCCGGCGAAGGUGGCAGCCUGGCUGCGAGGCCUUGAUGAUUCCCUGCAGGACUAUCCCUUUGAGGACUGGGAGCUGCCUGGAAAGUACCUGCUCCAGCUCUGCCCCCGCAAUCUGGAGGCUCUGACCGUGUGGCCUCUGGGACACCAGGAGCUCAUCCUGGAUGCAGUGGAACAGCUCCAGGCCCUGAGCUCCAGGCUACAGACAGAGAACCUACAGAGCCUGACAGAGGAACUGCUGGAGGGUAUCCAUGCCUUCCAGAGCUUGGUCCAAGGCCACCUGGGGUACUGUGCUGAGACCCCUGUCGAUGUCCUCAGUGCAGCCGUGGAGGUGGUACACGAGGCCCGUGCUCUCCUCUUCUGGCUCAACAGGUACCUCUUCUCCCACUUAAACGACUUCUCAGCCUGCCAGGAGAUUGGGGACUUGUGCGGAGAGCUGGGCCAGGCCUUGCAGGAGGACUGUUCACCAGCCGAGAAGGAGAGCAUAGUCCUGAGGAUCUGCAGCCAUGUGGCUGGGAUCUGCCACAACAUCCUAAGCUGCAGUCCCGAGGAGCUGCUGGUACAGAGGGCCGUGCUCGAGCGGGUACAGCUAGACGAUCCUUUGGGCCUGGAAGUCCACACCACCAGCAGCUGCCAGCACUUCGUGUCCCAAGUGGGCCCCCAGGUCCCCACCGACUCCCAGCUGCGGAUUCUGCCUGGAGACGAGGUCAUCCAGAUCAACGAGCAGGUGGUGGUAAGUGAGGAGAAGGCUGUGGGCUGGCCCCAUAAGAAUGUGGUGAGGGAGCUGCUACGGGAGCCAGCCGGGGUCAGCUUAGUGCUGAAGAAGAUCCCAGUGCCAGAGACGCCCCCACAGACACCUCUGCAGGCCCUGGACUCCACACACUUGAGGAGCCAAUUGCAGUCUCUGGUCCCACCAUCUCCCAGGGCCCCAUCUGAAGACAUCUUUGCCUUUGACCUGACUUCAAACCCUGGGCCCAGCCCUGCCUGGACAGACUCUACCUCUCUUGACCCUGAGCCCCUGCCCAUCUCCCUUGAGCCCCCAGCCACAUUCCCAGCAGAGGUAGCAGAGACUCCUGAGACUGCGGGGUCCCCAGGAUGUCCUGACAAGAGUCCUGUUCUUGGUCGGAAGAAAUCAAAAGGCGUGGCCACUCAGCUGAGCCGCCGGCGGGUGUCAUGCCGGGAGCUGGGCCGGCCCGACUGCGAUGGUUGGCUCCUGCUGCGCAAGGCACCCGGUGGCUUCAUGGGCCCACGAUGGCGCCGCUGCUGGUUUGUGCUCAAGGGCCACACGCUCUACUGGUACCGCCAGCCCCAGGAUGAGAAGGCCGAGGGCCUCAUCAAUGUCUCCAACUAUAGUCUGGAAAGUGGACAUGAUCAGAAGAAAAAAUAUGUGUUCCAGCUCACCCAUGACAUGUACAAACCCUUCAUCUUUGCUGCUGAUACCCUGACAGAUCUGAGCAUGUGGGUGCGUCAUCUCAUUACCUGCAUCUCCAAGUACCAGUCUCCAGGCCGGGUCCCCCCACCCCGAGAGGAAGAUUGCUACAGUGAGACGGAAGCAGAAGACCCUGAUGAGGAGGCUGGGUCCCGCUCAGCCUCGCCCAGCCCUGCCCAGGCUUGCAGUCCACUCCACGGAGACAUAUCACCUGCAGCCACCCCAACACAGCACAGCCCACGGACCUCCUUCGACUCUCCAACAGACAGCAGUGAAGGGGCACUGGAAGGAAUGGUACAGGGGCUGAGGCAGGGCGGCGUAUCCCUUCUGGGCAAGCCACAGUCCCUGACCCAUGAACAGUGGAGGAGCUCUUUCAUGCGGCGCAACAAAGACCCCCAGCUCAAUGAGCACGUGCACCGUGUGCGGGCACUACAGAGCACACUCAAGGCAAAGCUGCAGGAGCUGCAGGCCCUGGAGGAGGUGCUGGACGACCCUGAGCUAACUGGAGAGAAGUUCCGCCGGUGGAAGGAGCAAAACCAGGAGCUGUACUCAGAGAACCUGGCAGCCUGGGGAGGGAUGCAGGCUGAGGGCAGCUCCCACGUCUUGACCUGGAACUCCAGAGAACCGUCCUCCCACCCCCUGCCCUCUGACCCCGAGGAGCACUCACAUCUCUGCCCCUUGACCCCAGACAGCAACAUCCGACCUCCUGACUCCUGACCCCAGCCAGCACCCUGGCUCCUGACCUCUGACCCAAGGACUGCCUCAGUCCCAGUCUCUGACAUGUCUAGGACAGAGCAUUCCUGGAUUCUGUUCAGGGCGGGAAGUAAUGCUAGUCUCCCCCAAGCUGAUCCCUCUGCCUGG